UUACCCCAUGUCUUUCUGUGGAGGUGAAAGCUGGUCUCUCUCUCUCUCCUGCUCCAGUAACUGGAGGCACAGGUUCCUUCUUCUUUGGCCUCAAUUCCAUUCUCAGAAGGAUACGGGCUGUGUUCCACUGCUACAACCAUGGCACCCAAAAAGAAUAAGAUGACCAAGAAGAGUAAAGGAGACAUAAAUGACAUUAUGGUGGAAAACAGUCCCAUUAACAAGAUUAAUGGACUAAACACUCUGAUUGAGGGAGGAAAUGGCUUCAGCUGCAUCUCAACUGAAGUUACAGAUUCUGUGUACGCACCAAAUCUUCUGGAGGGUUUGAACAACAUGCGACAAGAAAGCUUCCUCUGUGACCUCACUGUCACCACCAAAUCAACAACAUUUGAUGUCCACAAGGUUGUCAUGGUCUCUUGCAGUGAGUACAUUAGAAAUAUCUUGAAGAAGGAUUCGAGCCUUCAGAAGAUUGACCUGAACGAUCUCUCACCAGUUGGUCUGGCGACUGCAAUUACAUAUGCCUACUCAGGAAAGCUUACCUUAUCCCUUUACAGUAUCGGCAGCACGAUUGCUGCAGCCAGGUUGCUUCAGAUCAACACCCUGGUAAAAAUGUGUAGUGAUUUCCUCAUGCAGGAACUCAGUGUAGAGAACUGCAUGUAUGUGGCCAAUAUUGCCGAUGCCUAUGACCUUAAAGAAACAAAGGAAGCAGCUCAAAAGUUCAUGCGGGAGAACUUCAUUGAGUUUUCUGAAAUGGAGCAGUUCCUGAAGCUGACAUAUGAGCAGAUCAGUGAAUUUCUCUCUGAUGAUUCCUUGCAGCUGCCCUCUGAAGUCACAGCCUUCCAGAUUGCCAUGAAAUGGUUGGACUUUGACGAGAAAAGGCUAAAGUACGCAGCAGAUCUCCUAACUCUCAUCCGCUUCGGAACAAUCUCUGCUCAAGACCUUGUUAAUCAUGUCCAGAGUGUUCCUAGGAUGAUGCAAGACGCUGAAUGCCACCGGUUACUUGUUGAUGCCAUGAAUUACCAUCUCCUCCCGUAUCAGCAGAACAUCCUCCAGUCACGUAGAACAAAGGUACGCGGUGGCCUCAAGGUGAUUCUCACAGUUGGAGGACGUCCUGCUUUGACGGAGAAAUCUCUCAGCAAAGAUGUGCUCUACAGAGAUGAAGAUAAAGUUUGGAAUAAGUUGACGGAAAUGCCAGCAAAGAGUUUUAACCAGUGUGUGGCAGUAUUGGAUGGCUUCCUGUACAUAGCAGGUGGUGAGGACCAGAAUGAUGCAAGGAACCAGGCAAAACAUGCUGUUAGCAACUUCUGCAGGUAUGACCCCCGCUUUAACACCUGGAUUCACUUGAACAACAUGAUCCAAAGACGCACCCACUUCAGCCUCAAUACCUUCAACGGCCUCCUGUUUGCUAUUGGCGGUCGAAAUGCUGAUGGUGUCCAGGCCUCCAUGGAGUGCUAUGUACCCUCCUCUAAUCAGUGGCAGAUGAAAGCUGCCAUGGAGGUGCCACGCUGCUGUCAUGCCAGCUCUGUUACUGAUGGUAAGAUCCUAGUAUCAGGAGGCUACAUCAACAAUGCCUACUCCAGGGCUGUGUGCGCCUAUGACCCCUCCACCGACACCUGGCAGGACAAAAGCAGUCUGAGCACUCCCAGAGGGUGGCACUGUGCUGCUACUAUUGGAGAUCGAGCCUAUGUUUUUGGCGGCAGCCAGCUUGGAGGGCGAGGAGAGAGAGUUGAUGUCCUCGUUGUUGAAUCUUACAACCCACACAGUGGCCAGUGGAGCUACUGUGCACCCCUUCGCACAGGGGUAAGCACCGCUGGCAUUUCCAUUUUGAACAACAAGAUCUAUCUCCUGGGGGGCUGGAACGAGGGUGAGAAGAAGUACAAGAAGUGCAUCCAGGUUUACAACCCUGAUCUCAAUGAGUGGACUGAAGAUGACGAGUUGCCGGAAGCUACAGUUGGCAUUUCAUGCUGUGUCGUCACCAUACCUACAAGGAAAACACGAGAAUCCAGAGCCAGUUCAGUUUCAUCUGCACCAGUCAGUAUAUAAGGGUUUAGAGCUCAACAAUGAUAUAGUUCAGUUGAUCAGAUCUCCACUUUGUCUGUUGCAUUCUUGGUACCAAAUGGACAUCAUGUUUCUUUAUUUAACUAAAGUUUAGCAAAAAUGCAAGGUUUACCACAUGUUUAGAAACUAUUUCAUUACUGCUACACUUUGCUUUUUUGAUGCAAAAUAUUUUAAAAUGAUACAAAACAUAAUAUCGCAUAAC